CUUGAGAUAGUCGGGACACAAUAUCCAUUUGGACAGAAGAAGCGUUGGUUAAUCAUUGCUUGUCAUGUCAGCUGACCCACCGAGGUUUCGUAUAAAGCAGGGCGCUUUCAAUGAAUCGUUCUGCUGCUGAGGAGACAAUCUUGGUUGUGAAGAUGCGUGGUUUCUUUGUAAGUUGCGUGUGUGCUGCCCUGCUGCUGGCUGCGGCCUCCGCAGACCACCACCAUGGCCAUGACCACAGCCAUGACCACAGCCAUGACCACAGCCAUGACCACAGCCAUGACCACAGCCAUGACCACAACCAUGACCACGCCGGUGAACACAUGGCCUGCCACAAGCUGUCCUCCCCCAACGCCGACUUUGGCUUUGCUCUCUACAAAAACCUGUUGACCAAAACUCCUGCCGGAAAGAACAUCUUCUUCUCCCCGCUGGGCAUCUCCACGGCUCUGUCCAUGCUGUCAACCGGCGCUCGCGGCGAGACCCACAAGCAGCUGUUUGCCACCCUGGGCUACAGCGAUCACGAUCAGAACGGCAUCAAUGUAGCGUACGAGCACCUGUUCCACAUGGUCGCCCACGGCCAGAAGAACACGCUGGAACUUGGCAACGCUCUGGCUGUGCGUGACGGCUUCAGUCCGUUGGACAAGUUUAUGAAAGACGUCAAGCAUUUCUACAGUAGUGAGGCCUUCAACGUGGACUUCCGGUCCGAUGGCGCCGUGGAGAAGAUCAACUCCUACAUCGCUGCUAAGACCAACAACAUGAUCAAGGAUCAGCUGAAGGAACUGGACCCUGAAAUGGCCAUGGUGCUGAUCAGCUUCGUCUACUUCAGCGGAGAGUGGGAGAGGCCGUUCGAUGCCAACCAAACCGAGAAGGCUGCGUUCCACGUGGACAAGGACACCCAGGUUGAAGUGGACAUGAUGAAACGCACCGGUCGCUUCGACUUCUACGAGGACGUUGACAACCACACCAGCGUCAUCCUGCUGCCCUACAAAGGCAACACCUCCAUGAUGAUUGUUCUGCCCGACGAGGGCAAGAUGGCCGAGGUGGAGGGCUACAUCAACAAAGAGUACAUCAGGCACUGGCAUGACUCUGUCUUCAGGAGCUCUGUGGAGCUGUUCAUGCCCAAGUUCACCAUCUCCGCUGAAGCUGCGCUGGACGCCACCCUGAAGGAACUGGGAAUAACAGAUGCGUUCUCAAACACUGCUGACUUCUCCGGCAUUACAGAGGAGGUCAAACUCCUAGUGUCCAAGGCAACGCACAAGGCUGUGCUGAGCGUAGACGAAACAGGAACCAAAGCAGCCGCCGCGACCACCAUCGAAAUCAUGCCCAUGAGCAUGCCCCAAACUAUGAAACUCGACAGGCCUUUCUUGGCCUUCAUUCUUGAGCACUCCACUCGCAGCAUAGUCUUCAUGGGCAAGAUCGCCAACCCCAAGGCCCUGUGAACACACUUACAGCCAAGGAGUGGUGUGUAUCGACACUAAAGGUUGUUCAUAGCUGAUAUUUACCUCAAUACGAUUUAAGGAUCUGCCUUAGCCGGUAUUUUACCACACUGUUUAUAUCCAACUCUGGUGAAAUAAAGUCCCCAAUGAAAGUUUU